CCCCUCUGCGGGAAUGUUCAAAAAUGAGUACCAGGGAGGUGCAUUUGUGGAAAUCUUUAGUGCUCAGGGCAAAAAUCCUGGUGCAAAAUGGAAGAUCCUUGGUAGUCCAUCUGUGAUUUGGAAAGAGUUUGAUAAAGAAGUUAAAAGUUUUGUGUUUGUCCUGGAAGGCAGCAGCCAAACAAAUAAAAUUCAGUUACCAAAGGAGAAUAAGCAAAUCCUUGGACUGAUCCAGAGGUUUCUUGUACUUCAGAUUUACAUACCCCUGGGACAAGACUUCUCCACUGAAUUGCUAAUUACUGAUUUAGGGAACAUCAAAAGAAGAUUGUAUUUAUCAACGGUCCAUAAGGAACUAUCCUCAACCCCUCUUCAUGCAAAAAUCCCACUCUUUAUGAUCAAGCGCAAAAUUUGGUGCAAUCUGUGCAUUGACUUGGUAGCCUUCACCAGUGAAAUAUUCAAGGGAGCAGUUUUCCAGUCGUUGGAUGGAAUUAUUGUCUCAGCAAACUGUAAGCUACGAAAAAUCUUCACCUUAAAAUCAAAGCCUCAAGACACUGCUGAUAAAGAUGCUAUGUAUGGCGUUCCCUUUCAAACAGAUGAACCCACAGACAUCAUUCCGCGAAGCUGCCAACUAACAACAGACGUUCCGCACAUCACACAGCUGCUGAACAUGACUAAACUCCGCCAAACUGAAAUCAAAUUUGGAGGACAUCCUCUAAGAUCUGCAGAAUCAGAUCAGUUCAUCAACAGAGCCACAGGCAGCGUGAGGAGCUGUAAGAGUCAAGAUGUGUGUCACAUCGCCUUUGGAUCCCGAGUUCUUGGACCACCUCCACUCUCUGGCAGAAGGAAUAACUUGAGGCUCUCCACAGAGACAGUAAGAUCCGUUGGGUCCAAAAAUAGCCGAUCCUGCCAGCAGCCCACUACAGAGAAGUGUGUUAAGAGUGCAGAAAUGUCAACCUUGCUGAUAUCUGAGGCUGAGGAACAAGGAGAUAAAGAAAAUAUUCGCCAAAUAAAGCAGACCGCACCUAUUCAUGCCGCCAAUCUACCUAUUAUGCAUCCACAUCCCCCUCAAGAAGCAUCAGCAGAUAAGAAUAAUAACAGAAGAAGAUUUCGGUUAAAAAGCACCAGCAGAGAAAGGACAGAGACACCCAGUGGCUAUUCAGGAAAUAUCAUAAAUGAAGAUGAAGGAACAACUGUCCUCACCACUGGGAUUCAGCAAAGAGCAGAGACGUUGAACCCCAGCACCCCAGGACCUCCGUCUCCUGACCAAGCAGAUGAAUGGAUAUUUCCUGAAAAUGAUGAUCACAUUUCCCAUUUGGCAUCUGGCAGCCAGUCCCUCCUGGAUGACUCCUGCACUUCACACCUGUGCCUAGAAGCCAACAAGGACAGUGAACGUGACCCUCAGGCAGAGGAGACCCAGAUCCUUCCAAAGGACAUUUUCACUUUCUCAUCUAGACCACGAUCAGCACCUCACGGGAAGACACAGAAUCUGUCCCCAGAGGAAUGCCUGUUCACUUUGGAUCUAAAAGAAGAUAACAGUGGGAGAAGGAAAGACACCCAAUCGGAGGAUGAUUUCUAUGAUGGUGACAGCAGCGAAGAGGAGUACAACUGGAGAAACUACCAACCCAGCCAGAUGAGUGAGUCGGAGCUGCAGAUGCUGGCCAGCCUACGACGGCAGCAGAAUGAGGAGCUGGAGGACACCGAGGACCAGCACGGCCUGAGUGCCUCCCAGGUUGACAACUGUAACGUCAGCAUAAGUACCAGCAGCGAUGACACUACCACCUGGAACUCCUGCCUGCCACCGCCUGUCAACCAGGGUCGUCACUACCAGAAAGAAAUGAAUCCACCUUCUCCUUCCAACCCUCGGGACUGGUUAAACAUGCUGAGCCCACCGAUUGUUCCUCCCAGUCAACAGCCGACCGAGCCGCAUCCAGACUCCUCUGGAAGCUUCAGCGCUCAAGGUGACGAAGACCUGAGUGUGGAAGAAGACGAGGAAGUGCUGACUUUACUAUACGACCCAUGCCUGAAUUGUUACUUUGACCCCCAGACUGGGAAAUACUACGAGUUGGUAUAGUCCCCCCUUCCAGGGCGGAGAACGGCCACUCCCCGCAGAGCAGGACAGCAGCGGUGGGUCCUUUAAGCAGCACCAGGACUGCAGAAUCAAAGGCCCCGAGAGAAAUGAAUCCAUUUUAGAAAUAAUGUUCAAUGGUCAGGAAACCUACGUUCUCUGGGUAGAUGGGUGGGAUUUUGCAGCUGUGAAGGAAUUCAUGCGGUGACAAGAUAGUCCAACUUUGAAUGGGUUCUUAUUCAUUCUCAUCUGACAUAUAAUUUUAUGUAAACCAAUUAAGAAUUAUUCAUUCAAAUUUUUUUGCAGUGUUAACCUGUAAAUGAUGGCUUGAUAUACACUACAGAAAAUGUAUUUGUUACAAGA